GACGAAUGCCCAGAUGUGGGGCCAAUGGGAGGAGAAUGCGCGGGGCACGCUGGGAUAAUGGAGAAUUUUUCUGCUCUCUUCGGGGGAGCAGAGCCGCCUCCGUCUGCUACCGCUGCCUCGCUCGGCUUUGGUCCUGGAAAACCGGGAGGUCCGGGGAGCGGGCCACCCCCAGUACCUGCGGUGACUCCCGUUGGAGAGGAGGUGGCCCGUAAGGCGUCGGCUGCCAGCGGUCCUUUUUACCUCAUGCGCGAGUUACCAGGCACCACUGAAUUAACGGGGAGCACCAACCUCAUCACACACUAUAACCUCGAGCAUGCCUACAACAAAUUUUGUGGCAAAAAGGUGAAAGAGAAGCUCAGUAACUUCCUGCCUGACUUGCCAGGAAUGAUAGAUCUGCCAGGCUCUCAUGACAAUAGCAGUCUGCGUUCUCUCAUUGAGAAACCACCCAUCUGCGGGAGCUCAUUCAACCCCAUAACCGGUACCAUGCUAACAGGCUUUCGUCUCCAUGCAGGCCCGCUGCCAGAGCAGUGUCGCUUAAUGCACAUCCAGCCACCUAAGAAAAAAAACAAACACAAACACAAACAGAGCCGUACCCAGGAUCCUGUCCCUCCAGAAACACCUUCAGAUUCUGACCACAAGAAAAAGAAGAAGAAAAAAGAGGAUGAUCCUGAGCGAAAAAGAAAAAAGAAGGAGAAGAAGAAAAAGAAGAACCGGCAUAGCCCUGAGCAUCCAGGUGUGGGCAGCUCUCAAGCCAGCAGCAGUAGCAGCCUCCGCUAAAGUCCUGCCAGAAAGUAGAGAGUUCCAGGAGAGAGUUCCAGGAAGGCGGUAUGAGCUUGCUGACAAAAGGAAAAGCAAUAAUAGUGGAGCCGCUGCCAACUCAUACUUUCUCUUCACCUUGUGGAGCACCAUGUAGAAGAUGACUACUGGAUGGAACUUCUGGGACUCCACUGGUCUCUUUCUAGGGAACAGUCUGCUUAAGACAGAAAGCAGACUUUUGUCAGGGAGCCUUGCCCAUUGUUUCAGACUUUUUUUUGUACAAAAUGAUCCUGACUAAGUUAGGAUGUCUCUGUCUUGGAUUUUAAUUAAAUCUCUGUUGGAGGAGAUGCAAAUGA